UCCACCACCGUCACUCACACCAAGUAGAAUCUUAUUCCACUGUUCUCCUGAGUUCCUUCCAUGGCGUGAGUGGCAGAAUCUGACCCACAGCCAACGUGCUGGAGCUGUGCCUCUGGGCUGGCAGUGGAGGCGAUACAGUCAUGUCUCUGUGCUCGGAGGCUGUGCGCUAGCAUGGAGAAUAUGGCAGAGCAUGCUAACAGGCUUGAUGUAUUACCACCCUGAGGACCCCAUUGACUACCUUGAGCGUUGCUUGCAGAAGGUCCGGGAGCUGGGUGGUCCCGAGAAGGUGCAAUGGGACACUUUCAUUGGCCAGGAGCGGCGGACCUUACCCCCCAUCAAUGGCGGGCAAGGGAAGAAACCCAUUUUCUGGACAGACCCCCUUGCAGGGCCAUACCGCCGGUAUGGGUGUCUGCCGCCCAUCCAGAGCCAGUUCUCCAUCGAGAGUGACUCGGACAUGACAGAGUCCACUGGACUGAUCCAGGAGUAUGACGUCUUCAACCCCAGUAGACCCCGCCCCAAAAUCAUCUUUGUGAUUGGGGGCCCUGGCAGCGGGAAGGGCACUCAAAGCACCAAGAUGGCCUCCCACUUCGGCUUUGUCUGCAUCUUGGUGGGUGAGAUCCUGCGCAACCAGCUGAUCCACCAUGCCACCAGCGACAGGAAGUGGGAGCUGAUCGCCAAGAUAAUCGCCAAUGGGGAACUGGCCCCACCAGAAACUACCAUUGAGGAGCUGAAGCAGCAGUUCAUUAAGCAGCAAGACGCCAAAGGCUUCGUGGUGGAUGGGUUCCCCCGGGAGAUAGGACAGGCCUUCACCUUCGAGGAGCAGAUCGGCUCCCCAGACCUGGUGGUUUUCUUGGCCUGCUCCAACCAAUGUCUCCGGCAGCGUCUGGAGAAACGGGCGCAGGAGCAGGGCCGGCCGGACGAUAAUGCCCACGCCAUUGACCGGAGGGUGGAGACCUUCAAGCAGAACAUCUCGCUGAUUGUGAAAUAUUAUCAGGAAAAGAGCAUCAUCGUCCGGUUUGACGCAGACAGAGAGGAGGAGGAUGUAUUUGGUGACAUCAGCGCCAUGGUUCAGGAGCGGCUCUUCCCGCAUGGCAUUGAUACAGCAGGGUCUCCGCAGUUGGCUCUGUUAGACUCGCCUUAUGGUGCAGACAGAGAACAUCCUCAGGAGGAAGAUGAGGAAGGGCAGACUGAAGAGCUUCUUUGCCCAGAUCUUCUGAGGAUGGCAACAGAAAAACUGAAGAACAGCAAAAUCAUCUUCGUGGUGGGUGGGCCCGGCUCAGGGAAAGGGACCCAAUGUGAGAAGAUUGUCCAGAAGUAUGGCUACACCCAUCUGUCCACUGGAGACCUCCUGAGAGCAGAGGUCAAUUCUGGCUCAGAGAGAGGCAAGAAGCUCUCUGCCAUCAUGGAGAAGGGAGAGCUGGUGCCCCUGGACACGGUGCUUGAUAUGCUGCGAGACGCCAUGGUGGCCAAGGCAGAUGUCUCCAAGGGAUUCCUGAUUGACGGCUACCCCCGAGAGGUGAAGCAAGGUGUGGAGUUUGAGAAGAAGAUCGCCCCCCCAACACUGCUGCUCUACGUGGAUGCAGGGAAGGACACCAUGGUCAAGCGUUUGUUGAAACGGGGUGAGACCAGCGGGCGGGUGGAUGACAAUGAGGAGACGAUCAAGAAGCGCCUGGACACUUACUACAAGGCCACUGAGCCGGUCAUCGCAUUCUACGAGAAAAGAGGGAUCGUCCGGAAGCUGAAUGCAGAAGGCUCUGUGGAUGACGUGUUCAUACAGGUCUGCACUCAUCUGGAUGCCCUGAAGUAAAGCACAAAAGGGACCCCCCACCUCUAACCCCUUCCCACCCAGAGAGAACAUCACACUUUUCCCACCCCCAGAGCCCGAGUAUUCCCCCCGCCCCCAUUUGAGCUCCAUGGCAGAGACAGCGGAAGUGGCUUUAUCCUGUUUUCAUGGACACAGCCCUGUGGAGGAAAUUUCAAGGACAUUGUGUUUGACUCCUUCCCUUCUCGCCACAGUAAAAUUCACUUUAAUGAGUCCAGGCUUUAUCUUUUUCUUCUGUAACAGGAAGUGAGUUUUUCUUUCCAGAUAUUUUCCCCCUCCGCCCCCCCACUGCGCCCUGAGGUUGAUUAAAGGCAGGAAGUGGCCUGUUUAUCCCACUCCAUGGCAUCAGCAGGAGGAGAGGGGAAUCUGCUCCUGCAUGGAGGGGGAGGAUUCUCUGACAGUGCAGGCAACUUGCUCCCUCUUUUGAGCAGAGGAUGCAGUUGAGAGUCUUAAAAUCUGCCUGGCACAGAGGGAAUUUGAAUCAAAUGCAGAGAAAACCCCAUUUGAGCCAGGGCUGGGCAAAAUCCCUUUGUGCCUGUAGAGCCAGACACCAACUAGUGUCACCAUUGCUGAGCGCCCCCCCCGCCCCCAAUCCACUCUCCUUGCAUGAUGUGAGCACAGGGAGAGAGCAGUCACCAAGCAGGGGAUGCCCUGGGGAAGGAACAGAUUCCCCCAGGGGGUGUAUAAAAUCCAUUUGUAGGCUGAAGCAGUGGGCUGGGAUGUGGGAGGGGGUGGGGGCUCCGGCAGGGGGUGUGAGCUCUCAGGUGGGGUCAGGGAUGAGCUCCAUUCCCCACUGUGAUGCUGCCUGCACAGAGCCAGCAUCUGCCAGCAGAGUAGCCCAGCAUUAGCAGCAGAGAGCCCGGGGUUUGGGGGGGUGGUAUCUUCUGCUGCUUUAGAACAUGAGGGAAUAGUCUCUCCAGGAGCCUGGAGUCCAGCUGCCCUGUACCUCUGUGUAGCUCUGUCUCCAGGGAAGGCGUUCAAGGCUGGAGUGCAUCUCUGCUGAAACCCCUCUCCGCUUGCUUUUUCCCAACUCUCCCAGGACUGUCUAGCGCUUUGGGUGAGUUACCAAAGGCCAGGGGCCCUGCCUGAGCCUAGGGCCUACCCCAAAAGGCUGUGAUGUGAACACUGUGCCUCAUUUGGUCGCUGUCUUACUGUGCUUUUUAUGGCUCCCGUGCCCCGCACACACUCACGUUUCACACCUCUCCACACACACAUGCAUUGUCUCCCACACACUCAUUGGUGGCAGCUCUUCUCUUCCUCAUUUUUUUUACAAUGGUUACAAACAAAAGUAUUUAUGAAUGAAAAGCAACAACUCCACCCCCACCCUGAGUCUUAAAGGCGGCAUGUUGCCCCUGCUGCCCAAAUGUACACUGACAUAUUGUUAUUAAAGAGCGUGGCAGAAAAGUG